AUUUUUAGGCUUUGUAAAAUUCUUAGAAGGUUAUUAUCUGAUACUUAUCACAAAAAGAAAAAGAGUAGCAUACAUUGGUCAUCAUACAAUUUAUAAAAUCCAAGACACUUGCAUGGUGUAUAUACCAAAUGAAGGAGAAAAAAAUACCAAUCAACAAGAUUUGAAGUAUGUUAAGCUGUUCCAAAGUAUGGAUCUAUCAAGUGAUUUCUACUUUAGCUACAGUUAUGAUUUAACACACACUCUUCAGUAUAAUAUGGCUGUGCUGAAAGAACUGUCCUACUUCAACAUGUCAUCAGAUGUAGAUCAGUCAAAAUCUACUCCGUUCUGGACCCCUCAGUUGAAGACCAUUGAAGGAGCUGAAGAAGAAGUAGCAGAUGAUUUUCUUCAGAGUCUGAGGAAUUCUGUGGACAAUGAGGCUCCUACUAAAACUCAAUCCAGGAGUGGCUCCUCACAAUUUGAUAACUCUUCCGAAAGCGAUAAUGCUGUUUGGUCAGAACUGAGAUCAAAUGAAGAUUUGUCAUCACUACCAAAGGAAUCAGGUCAAGUUAUAUAUGGUGUCAAAGUGAAACCUCAUUGGAGGUUUGUCUGGAAUUCCUAUCUGCUGGAACAGGUUGAUUUACAUCCUGAUUGGCUAUUAUAUAUUACACAUGGUUUUGUUGGACAAGCUAAUCUUUGUAUUUAUGGGCACUCAGUGUAUUUAACUCUUAUUGCUCGACGUUCUCAAAAAUUUGCAGGUACCAGGUUUCUUAAAAGAGGAGCUAAUGAUAAAGGAGAUGUUGCGAAUGAAGUGGAAACUGAACAGAUAGUGUUUGAUUCUACCAUAUCCUCUUUGAAUGUUGGUCGCUUUACGUCCUUUGUGCAGAUGAGAGGUUCCAUACCGUCACAGUGGUCACAGGAUGUGUCGAAAAUGGUGCCUAAACCACCUAUUACAUUGGACAUUGCCGACCCUUUCCGGUAUGUUGCCGGUCAGCACUUCAAUGAACUUCUUCGCCGCUAUGGAUCACCUAUAAUUGUUCUCAAUUUAGUGAAGAAGAGAGAGCAAAAGCGUCAUGAGAGUAUUUUGAGUGAAGAGUUUUGUGAUGCUAUAACUUACCUUAACCAAUUUCUACCACCUCAAUGUCAGAUAAUUCACAUUGGAUUUGACAUGGCUCAUACAAAUAAAUUAAAAGAAGCAAGCGUAAUGCCUCGCCUUGCCAAGAUAGCUUACUGUGUUAUAAGCAAAACUGGAAUAUUCCACAACAGGUCAGAGUAUUACUGUCAAACCCUUAAUCAACAUACUACCAAGAAGUUAUUAAUUGGUGGUUGUCAAAAGGAAGACAAUUCCCGUGUUCAAACAGGCAUUGUUAGAGUAAACUGUGUGGAUUGUUUGGAUCGUACCAACACAGCUCAAUUCGCCUUGGGCAAAGCAGCUUUAGCAGUUCAAUUAUAUGUAUUGGGAAUUUUGGAAAAUCCUAAGCUAGAAUUUGACACAGAUUGUGUGCGCAUGCUGGAAGAACUGUAUGAGGAUCAUGGAGAUACUUUGGCUAUGCAGUAUGGUGGAUCUCAGUUAGUCCACAGAGUGAAGACUUACAGAAAAAUAGCACCUUUGUCUUCACAUUCCCGAGACAUACUGCAGACUCUGUCAAGAUAUUACAGCAAUACUUUUUCUGAUGCUGAUAAACAAAAUGCUAUCAAUCUAUUCUUGGGAGUUUAUAGACCAGGAAAAGCUCUGCCACCACUCUGGGAGUUGACAACAGAUUUUUAUUUGCAUAACUCAUUAGCUGCUGGUCAGUACAUCUGCCACAGGAAUCUGUAUACUUGUUGGUGGGAUGAAAAUGUUAUGGAAUGUCUCCCUUUAGCAAUUCUUGAAGGGAAAAAGGAAUUAGAGACUUCUUUGACAGAAAUUGUCAAAACUCAUCCAGUGGAUCCCAGAACGGAUGGGUUUUUCGAUCAUUACCGUCCAUUUGCUAUAGCUGACCUGCUGUCUUUUUCAAUGAAUCAUUCCAUGAGAGACAUUAUGCCAAGUUUUACAUCUGACUACAGCCCAUUCUCUGUCAGAGUUAGACCUGGAAGAAAACGUGAAAGCAUUGGCGAGAAACCACCAAAUCCUUCUGUCACUGGCAUUUCCUCAACGGCUUCUGCAUCCAGUGGUGCCAGUGAUACAGACAGUGGUGAUUCUAGUAGUGAAGACAACUUUGUUUACUUGGAUAGUGAGGAAUCAACAUAUUCUCUUGCUCUCACUCGUGGGAUAACUUUUGAGAAUAUAUUCAGCAAUAUGAAGCAAAUAUAUGGGUCUGAUCUUCAACCGCCAUCAGAGAAGGACACAAAGCUGUAUCAAAAGUUUUUCAAUAUAGGAAGAUUUGCUGGAAUUUCAGAACAAGCAAACUUAGAAUCAAAAUUUUUUGAUGCAGUUAAAUUGAAUUCCAGAAGUAGUUUUUCAAAUGAUUCUACAAGAUGUACUUUACUUCCUGUUGUAACAAAAGAAUCUUCGGACAUUUAUGAAGCUUACAUCAAAAAGGGUGUAGAAGGACCUGUGAUGCCUUCCGCAAAAUCUCUGGAAAUUUAUCAAGAGUAUUACAUGAGCAGGCAUCAAUGAAACAAUUAUUGAUGAUAUAAUUAGCUGAUUACCAUAAAGUUCUAAUAGGAAUAUCAGAACCUAAAUAUUAAUAUAUUCAAAUGUGAACAUUGAACUAGGAGCAAAAUACAACCAGAUCUCACCAAGAAGUUACCCUUAGAACCAAAAAAUGGAGAAAGGCAUAUUUUUCCAGGCUGAUCUGUUAUCUGAACCUGCAAAGAAUAGGCCUUUUUCAUAAAUAUUUAAUCAACGAAAUGUGUAAUAAGUAAAACAAAAUUCUGAAUGAUAGUCUUCAUUAAACAUUCAGAUAUGCUUUAAAUCAUUUCUAUAAAAGAGCAACAUGUAUUAAUAAAUGCCAUAUUACUAAGAAGGGAAAUAACUUAAUGUUUAAUUUAUGAAAUAAUUAAUGAUUCUAUAUUCAAUUUCAUACACAGUCUUUUGAACUUUUUCUCAAUGAACAACAUAUACAGUUUUUAAUGUUACCCAGACUUUUCAAACCAUGUUUUGUGGUCGAUGUUAGAGAAUUUUCUUCCAAUGACUAUCAAAAGUUCUAUCAUCACUAAAUUUCCUUCCCCAAGUGCCAACAUGUUAAACCCAGUUUUGCAAAAUCUAAAAAUAAUUUCUUCUAUGUUGGGCUAAAAGAUGGGUAGAAAAAACAGCUGUUGUGUAAUGUGAAAAACUCAUGUACACCCAGUCAACAAAAAAAAAAAAAGGGGGGGGAGAUAGUUCUUUAUCUUCUGUUCUACUUGGUUGAUUGAUGAAAUACAACUUGCAUUUUUCAUGUCUCAGAAGCGCGACUUAGGAUAUGUAUUAGAUUUAUAUAUAGCAUUGUUGUAAUAUAUGUAUUUUGAUACAAAAUUGGACUUCUUCUCAAAUGACAUGCCAUUUGUUUUCAUAUUUUGAUUCUACCAUUCAAAUUUUGCCUAAAAACCAAAAUUUUGUAAAAUUUGGUAUGAAAUUUAAUCAGUAAUUUGGAAAUUUACCUUUGGCACACGUUUUUUUACUUUGUGCCAAAAAUAAUUCAUUUGGUGAACUUCUCAGUUUACAGCAAUCUAUUUCACUUUCCCUGUGCAUGAAUGAAAAAAAGUUGUGUUUUUUUCUUUCUUGCUUAUUUCUUACUUCACAUUAUAUGUUUUAAUUAUAAUUAUUAUUUUUACUUUUUUACUUUUUAAGAAUUUCAUUGUAAUUAUUUGAGUUGCAUGAUGGAAUUAUUUUUCUUUAAAUGGUUAUUUUAAAAAUUUAUAUUUUUUCAUUCACAUCAUGUUCUUUAAGUAUGUUAUCAUAUAUUUUUUUAAAACUUAAUUUAAUUUAUUUGAAUAGCACUUUUUUUCAUAGAAUACUUUUUCCUUGAGUAUUUCUUAUGAUGCUGUUGAAAACUGCAUUCUGCAUUAAAAGAGAAAAUGCCACUAUUGAAAGGCAUAUUAAUCAUAAAGCAUGGUUAAUACGCCUUUCAAUGGGCAUUCAAAAAAGAUAUAUAAAUGAAAAAAUUGUAUUAUCUACAUUCUAAUUUAGAAUGAUAUUUAUGCAAUCAAUUUUCCAUAGUUUUAUCACUGCCAUUGUUUACACAAUUGUUUUUGCAUUUGUUACACAUUUGCUACAUUUAGUUUAUUAAGAUAUUUCCUGUAUUUCCGAAUAAGUUCAAAGUUUUCAUUUUUAAAAUCGCAAAAA